AUCUGAAUGUUUUUUUCUCUCUUCAAAUUAGUUAAGUUCUUGCUGUUUCCCUCUGAGGUGGGUGAAUCACCUCCUCUCUGUGGUGGGAAAGGGAGCUGCACUGUCCCAACCCAGAGGCCUAUUCUGUCCAAGAAUCCAGUGAACCAGACAGGAAAUAUGACUGCAGGUAAAGAAUGCAAAUUUCAUAGUAACUAAUGCAUUUUUGUCUCCAAAGCUCCAAGGAUGGCAAUCUUCACUGCCACUCCAAUUUACUGCUUAUCUCUCUCAAACAAAAGAUGCUACAUACAUAUCCAUCAAGCAUCUGGCAGUUAUGUCUGUACUUUUCUAAGUCUUUUCAUGGAAAAGGUUUUACUAGAAUAUUACCAUAAUAAUUUCUCACAUUAAACACCUAAUGUUCGUAAAAUUAAUUAAACCACCUUUAUGGUCAUCUUAUUUAUUUAUUUAUUUUUUAAAAAAGAGCUUUUGCAGUUUAUUUUUUUUGCACUCAUUGUCUGUUUGCUUGAUUUCGUGUUCUUCAUCUCAUAUCCAGACUGCUCAGUUCUGGUCAGCAAUGGUCAGCGUAUUGUUGGAGGAACCUUAGCUACAAAGAACGAGUGGGGCUGGCAAGUCAGCAUGCAAUGGAAGGGGAGACACGUCUGUGGUGGUGCCAUCAUCUCUCCUCGUUGGGUGAUCACUGCAGCACACUGCUUUGUUGAUAAUAACAUCCUUCAAGUAGCUGACUGGAUGGUGGUGGCAGGCACUGCAAGCAUUGCACACAACUCUCUGGGGCAACACUACAGGGCACUGCAGAUCCUCUACCACCCUAACUUUAAGGUUACGGACAAUGACUAUGACGUGGGACUGAUGCGCACCGUAAUUGACAUGGACAUGACGAGUAAAAGAAGUGAAACUGAGAGAGAGCUAACCUUUAUCACUUUACUGCUGCUCUUUGUAGGUGGGGUCCGACCGGUCUGUUUACCCAGUCCAAGCGAGUCCUUUCCUGCUGGAUCAGACUGCUGGAUCACAGGCUGGGGAUACGUAAAUGAAAACACAGGCUAUGUGUCGGAAGAGUUAAGGCAGGCUCAUGUUAAGGUAAUAGCUCAAUCCAUCUGCUACGACUUGAGUGUCUAUGGUCUCUUCAUAACUCCUCGAAUGAUUUGCGCUGGGAGCAUGGAUGGAGGGGUUGACUCUUGCCAGGGAGACAGCGGUGGACCACUUGUGUGUAAGACAUCUAAAGGGGAUUGGAAGCUGGCAGGCGUGGUGAGUUGGGGAGAGGGAUGCGCACGGCCUAAUAAACCAGGCGUCUACAGCAGAGUAACUGAACUGCUUCAGUGGAUUGAAAGAUACAUAGACAUAUAGGUAUGGAAAGCACUUUUCCUCACCGCUUGUAAAUGUAAAACCUAUCUUUAUCUGUCGCUCUGU